UUGACUCAAAAACGCAAUUAAAACACAAAUCAUAAUUGUUCAAAUAAAAUACGUUCAAUAAAAUGUUCCACUCAUUUGAAAUGCAACGAAUUCAUGUUUACACACCUGUCACGUCAAAACAUGGGGACGUCAGCUAAUGUCAAAAUUUUAGGUUAACUUACAAUAACGCGAAUAUUUUAUUCCGACUAAAUUAAAAUGUACUCUAAAAAGAACCUGGACCUAGAUCCCGAACCGGAAAAACCUAAAAUAACCAUCUUAUGCCUGGACAUAACGAACACUGGCCAAACCAAUCAGUUUUUCAUAUGCACUGCGGCCGUUUUUAUGUUUUUCUUACUUUAUGGGUACAUGCAGGAGUUGAUUUUCACCAUUGACGGUUUCCAGCCGUACGGAUGGUUCCUGACAUGUCUGCAGUUUGCUUUGUACAGCGUUUUCGGGUUCAUUGAGACUCGAAUUCGGAGUCUUACUUCCAGAAAGAUACCGAUAAAAACGUAUUUUCUUUUAGCCCUUUUAACAUUAGGCACAAUGGGUUUGUCGAACGCCUCUUUAGGCUACUUAAACUACCCAACACAGGUCAUCUUCAAGUGCUGUAAGCUAAUUCCAGUACUGAUUGGGGGUAUUUUAAUCCAACAAAAACGGUAUGGUCCGUUGGAUUUUAUUGCCGCUCUUUUAAUGUGUGUUGGUCUAACAUUGUUUAUAUUGGCUGAUUCACAAGUGCAACCAAACUUUACUACUAAGGGAAUAAUAAUGAUUUCACUAGCACUGCUGUGUGAUGCAAUUAUAGGUAAUGUUCAGGAAAAGUCAAUGAAGAAUUAUGGUGCAUCAAAUGCUGAGGUUGUCCUCUAUUCAUAUUUCUUUGGGUUCCUUUUUAUUUUUACAGUUAUGAUCCUUUCUGGAGAAUUUAUUGAUGGUAUACAAUUUUAUGCAACUAAUCCCAGAAAAACUUAUGGGUAUACAUUUUUGUUUUCCCUGACUGGCUAUUUAGGUAUACAAAUAGUUUUAACUUUGGUGAGGACAACAGGGGCUUUUACAGCCAUAACAGUAACCACCUGCAGGAAAGCUGUGACAAUCUCCAUGUCAUUUUUGUUUUUUAACAAACCUUUUACAUUACAGUAUUUAUGGUCUGGAUUGAUAGUAGUAAUAGGAAUAUAUAUGAAUUUAUACAAUAAAAAAAACCCAAUGUCACUGACAGAUUUAGAAGGAAUAUUUUUCAAAUGUAUCAACAGGUUCAAAGGUUCCCUACACAGAAAGAAAUAUAAGGAUGGGGAAUAUAUGUCUGUUUAGGUUUAAAAUUGAACUUUAUUGCAAUAUUAGGCUCUAAAAGUAACUGUUUGUAUAGUACAAAUUAUUAAAAAUCCGAUUUUAACAUUUUAAAAUUCAACAGACUUGCUUUUAAAUAAAAUUAACAUUUAAAUAAUUUUAAUUCUAGUCAUAAAACUAAUUGUUGUAUUUCUCUUUUAUAAAUGCUCAAGCCACACAGUUUUCAAUAUGGCAUUAUAGAAAAAAUAAUAGGCAUAAAUACCAGUUCCUGCAUAUUAUCUUACUUAAAGGUGUUUCUUGUAUAUUACAUGAAAAUCAAAUUACUAACCCAAUUUUGUGAUAUGUUUUUAGUAAAAGUUAUCAUUUUUGUAUUAACUAGUAAAUACAUUCAAGUUAAUAAAUAAGAAUAUUGUUAACGUUUCUAAAAAUUUAUCAUAUUUUUCAUUAUUUAAAUAUUGUGAUAUGUAAAAUAUAUGUAUGUAAAUUUUUAACGUAAAUUAUGUUGUUUUGGAAUUAUUUAAAAUAUAUGAGUUUUACAAUUCGA